CGCUACCGUUACAUACUAGUACGUAGUAAUACAUCUACCAAGGUGGAUACAUGCCAAGCGAAAGCAAAUCCACACGUCACCAGCAUGCCGAUAUCGACGACGACGACGAUCGGAGCGAUGCAAAAGCCGUCGCCGCAUCUGCUUCUUCUUCCGAAGCCAAGUCGAAUCCCCCCACGAUUGUCGACCGCGUGAUCGCCUUCUUUUUCGAAAACGAAGACUUUUGCCGCGUGUUUGAACGGUUUGCCGACAACCACUGCGAUAUCUUUGACGACAAAGCCGACGAAAUGCACCUCGAGUACACGGACAUUUACACGCAAUUCACGGCCUUGUUCGAGUCCAAGAUUGAAGCGUUCAUUGAGAGCCAAGGGUCGACCGUGGACGAGUUUUAUGCCCUUGUGAAGAAGGCCCAUGACCACAAUCCCCACGGGACGAUCGCCAUCUACUCGCGCAUGCUAGUGGCCACGACGGACUUCGAUGUGUUUGUCGUCAUGAUGAAGCAGGCCAAGCAAGCCAAAGUUUCCGACGCCAAACUCGACUCCAAAUAACUACUACUAGGUAGUUAGUAUACGUAUAGUAAAGACCACAACACCAGCAAUUGUCAUUCGAAUA